GUGUCAGGCCAGCUUUUAUAUAUCAAUUACAGCUGACACGGAUUGGUUCAAUACCACACUGAAUACAAAAACGUUAAGAGUCUUUGUCUCGUUCACAGGCAGAGAGAGGAAGUUAGAGAGAGAGCGGGAAAGCUUGGAACUUCAUCGGGGAGAGAGAGAGAGAGAGAGAGAGAGCGGCAAAGCUUGGAACUUCAUCGGAGAGAGAGAGAGAGAGAAAGAUAGCGGGGAAAGCUUGGAACUUCAUCGGAGAGAGACAGAGAGCUGCAUUGAUAUAUGCUUCGGGUUCAAUCUGUUCAAGAAAUUGUAAUAGAUUAUAGAUGAACUGGACAAGGUUUUCCACCAAGAUUUACAAAACUUGUGCAGCAGAUUCCAGAUGUGGAUCCUCAUUCUAUCAUACUAGAAAAUCCCGUCACAAUGCUACUGAUAACAUCGAAAGCAUUCAGGUCCGCUGUGGUUUUCAGUCUCAAAGAGGAAAUUUACCUGCUACUUCAUGGCCUAGGGAUGGAUCCUGUGUUGCUACCGUGGCGAAAGAUUUUCAAGAUUCUGAGCAGAGGUUGAUUGGAUCAAGAAAUGUAAUUUCAAGGUUUAAUGGAAAUUCUGUGUGGUCAAAGCAGAGCCUGGUAUCUUUGUCUCGUCAGUUUGGACACAAGGCUGGUAGUGGUGGUGAUCCUGAAUUGACUAGGGACUUCUUUGUACACCUCUGGGUUGCAGAUAGGAAAAUGGAACAGUCUAAAAGAAACGGAAGAGGAAAAGCUGUGAAGUAUAGUAAACAAACACCGUACCACUAUUCAUCCUACGGAUGGUGUCCAAGUGCACCUUUCAGUCAAGCAGCCUCUUUUGAUGAGGAUGAACCCAAUAUGAAGCAACCGCCUCCAAGCCAAUCCAUCUCGGGAUAUCUGAAGCCAGAAUCUCCAGAAGAGGCCCAGGUGAUGCCUCUUCUUGCUAGAUCAAAUCUGCUGAUUACUAGGGAGAUAGAGUGGGUAAAUCUUACUCUUGGAUUUGAGCAGGAAAAUCGGUAUGCAAUAGUGGAUGUGUGCUACCCAGAGUCACCUGUUGGUUUUAUUCGUGAGAAGAGUCAGUUUAUUGGUAGACAGUUGCUUCGCCUCAGGCGCCCUUUUGUUGCUCAUGUAACUGAUGCCAUGUGUAAUGAGCUCUUUAGGGUUCGCAGGCCUUUUUGGUGGAUAACCAGCUCAAUUUAUGUAGAGAUCAACAGUAAGGAAAUCGGUGUGGUUCACAGACGAUGGCAUCUUUGGAGGAGGGUGUAUGAUUUGUACCUAGGGAAUAAGCAGUUUGCAGUUGUAGAAAAUCCUGGCUUCUGGCAUUGGACUUUUACUUUGAAGGACAUUGACGACAAAGUUUUGGCUGAGAUAGAUCGUGAAUGGAGGGGUUUCGGCUUUGAGAUUUUCACUGAUGCGGGGCAAUAUGUGAUUCGGUUUGGGAGUUCUGAUGCCAGCUCCAUUACUGGUUCUGCUAGAUUGAUUAACGAGUUGGAAGUCAUUCGACCACUGACUCUGUUAGAGAGAGCUGUAACUGUUGCCCUUGCUGUAUCGUUGGACAACGACUAUUUCUCAAGACACGGUGGAUGGGGAUUGCCAUUUUAUGAAGUAGGAGAAUAGGUGUGGCUGGCUGUAUGCAGACGAAAUGAAAAUCCAUACGUGUUCAUUCUUAAUAUUCGAGGGCUCUCAAAGACAAGGCCUUCCCGGCUGCUUUUAGACGGGCGACGGCUGGUUUGGUAUUGCUGUGCUUUGAAAAAAAGCUGUUUCUACUGUAUUGUGAGAAUAAACUCAUUUUUGUUACUUUACGUUUUCAAUUUUUUUUUCCAC